AUGGAAGGUGCAUAUAAUAAUAUAGAACUGGGAUGGAUAGACCAUACAAAUUCAGCAUGGGCGUUAAAGAACAGUGAUAAUAUUGCUAAUAGAGAUCUAGUGCAAUCAAUGUAUGAUGUUCUUCUUCAAAGUAAAGAAAUAAGAAUCAUUCCUUCUAAUGGGUCAUCUUAUAGUGACAUUCAAGUACUGCCCACCUUUCAGUUUGAUCCCUUAUCAGCAACCGAUUUAAAUCAUUAUAUUACAACUUUAUUAACUUCCCAGUUACAAUUAGCCAAAGAAGUAUGUUCAUCCACACAGUUUUCUGUGAUCUUGAAACAAAGGCUGUUAAUUUUAAAAAGAAUAUAUUAUGGUUUACUAAUGAAAUACCAUGAUAAAGAAAAGACAGAUAGUACUACUAGUGAACCUAGUACCAGCACCAGUGCAAUGUCUUUGGCUCCCAGAGAGAUAACAUCAGGUUCACAAGCACUUUUGGAAGUAGGUGUAAAAACAGGUCUUAGUUUACUCUUCUCUCUACUACAACAAAACUGGCAAGUUAGUGGAAUUCUUGGUAUUCCAUCACUGUGCAAUUCUGUUCUGGAAACAGCUGUAGGGUUAAUGGAUAGACUUCCACCAUUGUGUCUUUCUAAUGAAUCCCAACUUACAAAUUUGGGCAUCAGUAGCUUAGAUCAAGUUUGUUCUUUUUUAAAAACUGCAGUUUUGCUUGAAAAUGCUGCUGAUAACAAUGGAAAGUUGCUUUGUUGUGAAAUACUUUUAGGUUUAGCCUUACAAAGGGGUUCUUUAAGAUACCUUCUUGAAUGGAUAGAUAUGGCAUUAGAUGCGUCUUGUAAAGAGCCUAUACUUCAAAGCAAGUUAGCAAAGAAAGCAAUAUCUCAACUUGAAAGUCACAAAAAAUGCAAAGAUAAAGUUUUCACAGACCAAGUUGAUGACGAAAUGGGGGUAUACACAACUGCUUUGUUUCUGAUGGAGAUUUUGGUGUCCAUGGCAACUGAUGAUGGAGGUGCUGGAUCUUGUAUAGAAACAGAUGCAGACUUGGGAGCCUAUGAAAAAUGUGAAGUAUAUGUUUGGGGAAGCAAUUCAUCCCACCAGCUAGCAGAGGGCCACCAUGAAAAAAUAUUGAUGCCCAUUAAUUCAAAGAUAUUUAGUCAAGUGCAACAGAUUGAGGCUGGUCAGUACUGCACAUUUGCCAUUCACUGGGAUGGAUUUGUCACUGCCUGUGGAAAAGGUAGUUAUGGUCGUUUGGGCUUAGGAGAAUCAGCAAACCAGUGCCUUCCAAAACGAAUAUUGUUGGAUCCUGUUGUUAAAAAAUUAUCUAGUUCAAAAGGCAGUGAUGGUCAUACUUUGGCGUUAAUGGAAAAUGGGCAAGUUUACAGCUGGGGUGAUGGAGACUAUGGAAAGUUGGGGCACGGAAAUUGUGCAACACAUAAACAACCAGAGAGAAUAGGUGGACCCUUUUUAGGAAAAACUAUUAAAUUUAUCAAUGCAGGUUACAGUCAUAGUGCAGCUAUUACAGACGAUGGAAAACUUUACACAUGGGGUGAGGGUGAUCACGGAAGGCUAGGCCAUUUAGACAGUAACGGCAGGCAUAUUCCAACGUUGGUCCAGGAUUUGGCUGACAUAGAAGUCGGCAGUGUAGCCUGCGGCAGCUCGCAUACUUUAGUUGUUUCAAAGGAUGGUAAAACUGUAUGGUCUUUCGGAUCUGGAGAAAAUGGGAAACUAGGACAUGGUGAAAUUGCUAAGGUUUAUAAACCAAAAAUAAUAGAAGCAUUACAAGGAUUGAUUAUACAGAAAGUGUGCGCUGGAAAUUCAUUUUCUAUGGCGUUGACUACUAUGGGGCAGGUGUACACAUGGGGAAGUGGACCAAUCUUGGGUAUGGGUUCUGCAGACGCAAUUUGCUUGAGACCACUUCUCGUCGAAGAUUUAUCACCGUACAGAAUAAUUGACAUAUCUGCAGGAGGCACGCAUUGCCUUGCUCUUAGUGACGAACAUGUCGUGAUCGCUUGGGGAACCAACAGCAUGGGACAAUGUGGUCAGGGACAUAUUUCAACUCCGAUAACAAGGCCUGUUAAAGUUAAAGGUUUAGAAGGAGUGCCUAUAAGGCAGAUUAGUGCCGGUACAUCUCAUUCUAUAGCAUGGACUUCCACUCCUUCGGAAAGCCCCCACGUAACAAAACACCGACCGUUUUGUUUAGAUUUACACGAGAACACUUUUGGAUCCUUAAAAGUAUUUUUAGAGAAGUAUACAGUUACUUUUAACUACAGUACGCCUCCUAAGCCGUUCAAAACGGCCGAAGAACACCAAAGGUUUGUCUUAUUGACGUUAAAACUUCUAUGUACACAUUUGAAUUUGUGUAUAAAUGGAAAUUUAAGUACUAGUGUUUUGAACACGCAUGCCAAAGCUCUACGAGCUGUAUUAUUUAGGUUAGUUGAUAUUGAUGCACCAUCAGAUAUACACAACACUGCCAGAGAAGUCCUGAAUAUUGGGGCUCCUCUUCUUCUACCCCAGUUAAACGAGAGGGUUGAAUUCCUGCACCUGCAUUUGUCUAGUGGCAAUCAAUUGACGCAGGGUCAACAGAUGCUGCUAGGAAUUAUUUUAAAUAGUUUAGAAGACCCCAUAUACAUAGCUGCGUUAUUAGGUUAUAGUAGUACUCCGGAAAAAGUAGAAGACUUGCAAUUAACUGGGAUGCUUAUGCAUACUCUGUUAAAAUCAUUCACCAAAAACACGGAGGAAACAUUGGAGAGUAUUUUGAACUAUAUGUCCAUUACUACCAAAUUUAAAUGGCAAAGCCCAGGAAAUUCGAAAAUCUACAAUCUCCAGCGACUUCUUUCCUCCCUUCAAGAUCACAUGCUAGCUCACUACACAACUUCAUUGAAACAUAAAUUCACCUUCCAAGAAAACGAUUUGUUCCUAACUCACGUAUCUCACGUGUUCCAAUUUGCCAUAAAAAUACUGAAGAGGGCCGCUAAUAUACUUAUAAUGUAUCCAUCUAGUUUAGAAUUGCUUUACAAUGUUCUUUUAGAAUCGGCUACUGGAGCUAUGUUGUUUAAAAUAUUGAACUCGCUUCUACUCAUACCAGCAGCUUACAUCAAAAACAUGUAUCCGCUUUUGCUGGAAUUAAUGGAUCCCAUAGAUAAAUUUAAUCAAUUGCUGCCAAGAGAAUUGCUGAGGGGAGAGAAAAAUUCUUCCAGAAGCGAAACUCCCACUCUAGAUCAAUUGGCCGAACAAUCCUGGGUGUGGAUAGUCGAUCUACAGAAAACCUGCUCACUGGUAGUCGGCCAUUGCCUAGGUGGCAUGCUAGUAGGCGACCAACCAACGUACUACGAAAAUCUUUGCCGACACUGGCUUUCCAAUGAAAUAUUCUCUUCCGGUUUAGAGAACGAAACUAUCGAUCUAGAAGCUCUAACGGAAUUGUCCUACCAAGCAACAUCAAAAAACGCCGAACAGAUUUUAAUUACUUUGGACAAAUUACCUUCACCCGUCGAAAGCCUUUGCAAAGUGGUAUUUGAACUUCCUUGUCAAUACGACGAGGCUUGCGCAGUACCUCCGGAUGAACUAAAAACCAGUAACGCCUUUUAUAACAAAUUAAUGGAAGAUAUAGAAAUAGAACCGUGGGAAUUUGAUGAGGACGACAAGAACGUUUUGGAUACCGUUACCAAAUGCUAUUUAAUGACGCUGUUAAUACACACGCGGUUAAUACACAAACCUUCCUCGCAUCCUGCAGUGAAGGAGGUUUACAGGAAUGUUUUAAAUUUACGACAAAAAAUGAUUGGUCUGAUCUACUGCGACGAGUACAAAGACGAACUCAUCGGAGACAAAGACGCUGAGAAUGAGCAGUCCGAAAAUUUUAAUGCCAAAGACGUCGUAUCUGUGGACGAGGAAUAUAAUUUUAAAUCUUUUUGCCAAGGAAUUCUGAAAAGAUCUUUAUUCAUGUUAUUAUUUGUUAAAAACAUACAUGUGGAAAUUUCCCUCUCAUCGUCUCAUUCUGAAUCGGAGGAAACGGAAACUGAAAAAGCAUACGUCGAAUAUUACAAAGCACAUAAAGAAUCAGCGUCGUUGAACGAUCUUCGAAAAAUCUGCCAUUCUCUGCAAUGUUUUGUAAUGAAUGAGUCUACAGAAAAGAACAGAACUAGCAUGACGAGAGAGAAGGGUUGGUGCACGGAUCCAAAAGUUCUUUACGCAGCUCUCAUACAACAAAAGGAACGAGCAUUGUUUAGGUUAGAAAGUUUAGAUCAAUUGUUGUUCCACUUGGCAAGCAGAGAAAUGUCGUUAACUGUGAUAAACUGUAUACAGCAGCAACUCCUAGAAGGCUCUUUUGGUUUUUGUAAUAUAAAGAGUGAUGACUCUUGUACCCAAUUACAUCACUAUUUGGAAGGAAUUCAAUCUGCUCCUCUAGAUAUUCAAGAAAAGAUUAGAACGGCUGUACACGGUAUAUAUCACUAUUUGACACUCUCACUGAAACGACAGGUAUUCAGCCAUUCGGAAAAUAAACAUUUCUUGCUUACUACGAUAUUCUCUUUAAGUGCCAGAUAUCAUGCCAAUGACUUGCCAAUUGUCAUAAAUAACGAUUUAAUGCAGCUCUUGAUGAGAUUUAUUAAUUUUAACUUGGAUUGUCCUAAAUUGUACGACAAAUCCGACAUUUUAAGCAUCGCUGCUUUGAGACUGACUCGAAUAUUAGCAAUAUCUUGUUGUGUGCAUUCCAAGAAGUUAGACAUGUCGACUCUGGAAAACGUCAUUAACAUUUUAUAUGAUCAUUUUGCUCAAACUGUAGUUUCCAAAUGCUGCGAAAACUCGACGAACCCAACCACUUUUUCUCCGGAUGGAGUAAGGAAUCUUGGUGAUUUCUUGCUGUUUUUAAGAAUUAUUAGUUCGAGUCACGCUAUACAAAAGCUAUUGGCUUCCAAAGAAUGGAUAUAUACCUUACUUGGUACGUUGGAAAAUGCCAGCCCUUAUACUAAUUAUUCAGAACAGCUUAAAACGUUGAGGCCAAAGUUAUUGAUUUUGCAGUUGCUGCAAGUUAUUUUGCCAGGUUUACAGUCUGUUCAUAUUGACGACGAUCUAAGAAAAUAUAUUAUUAACAAAUUGUUUAAUCAGAUUAGUAGAGAAGUUUGGAAUAUAUCUAAGAAUGCAGAUGAAACAACAAGUUGUGAUUUUUGUGAUAGUAAUUUAUUAGAUAAUACUCUUUUCAAAGAAGGUGAAGGAAACGUACCUGUACAUGACAUGGGUUUUGAUGCUGAAAAAUGUUUCAAUUGUACUAUUGAAGGUAACUUGACCCUAGUUCACGGUACAGGAGGUAGAGGUUACGGUUUGGGACUGCAGGCAAUAAGGUCAGGGUGCUAUCAAUGGAAAAUACUUAUAGUAAAGGAAAAUAGAGGCAAUGAAGGUACGUGUAUCGGUGUCUCAAAAUAUCCCGUUAAAGAUUUUAGUCACCGAUCCACAAACGACAUGUGGUUGUAUAGAGCUUAUAGCGGUAGUUUGUAUCAUAACGGCGAAAGAGACAUGAGCUUCCAAAGCUAUACACAAGGUGACUACAUUACUGUCGUACUGGACAUGGAUGCGAAAACGUUAAGUUUUGGAAAGAACGGUGAAGAGCCUCGGUGGCUUUUGAGAACAUCAAUGCUACUGAACUUUACCCAUGCGUCAUGUUUUAUAGCACGAAUCCUGACGAAAAAGUGA